GACAGUGUGAACUACCGCGGGGGCAGCUACAGCCUGGACAUGACGCUGGAGGAGGCCUACAGGGCAUAUAACCAAUAUGAAUAUGGCUAUGGGAAUUCACACCCGUCUACCAAGCGUCUCCAGCGUGCCCUGCAGGACAUCGCUGACGCUGCUGCUGAAACCCACGAGGGAGGCAUGGGCACCCAGCCUAUGUACCACUUCAACAACGAGCAGUUCGAGACGUCGCACGCGGUGCUGCAGGCGCGGUGGGGGCGGCUGGUCGGGGCGUUGAAGUCCUUCGACGUGACAGCAACGAGGUACCUGCUGGGGACGUCCCUUGCCGCCCUACAGGAUUUCUACGCCCACUCCAACUGGAUAGAGCUGGGUCACGACUCCAUCCUUGAAGACUUAGGACUUCCAGGGGGAACCUUGCCAGAAGUUGCCCGCUUCGACGAGGAGACCUGCACCCCCUGCCAUCCUACCGGGACUGACUGUAGCGGUGGCCUGACAGACACUGUGCUGACAUCAGGCAUACUGACAUCAGACUACCUAGCAGCCAUGGAAACUAUACCACUGUCAGGCAAAUGUCAGCUGCCACCUCGCCAGGUGGGACGGACUCAAAGAGUGGAGGAAGGCAUCAGCAAAGACCUGCCGUCAGCCUGCUUCAGUCCCCGUCCCGACCUGCACGACAGAGCUGCAACACUCGCUGCGCAGGCCACCUCGCACUACCUCAACGAGCUCAGACGUGCAGUGGGCAACCAGCUGUUCAGCCAUCUUCUGUCUCUGCACUGGAGACCACCUGUGGCCAUUGUCACAGAUAGCGGAAUUAAUUUACCCUUAACCACCUGGAGCAACCCAGUCGAUAAGCAACCCUCGUACUCAACUAGCUACCGUCUCGAGCCUGAGGAGUACAUCUUCGUGAUGUAUUCCAAUACUCUGAGAGGAGCAACGGGAGUGUUCCUGUCUCUUAUACACAUCUAG